AUGUCUAAACGGUUGCGAAGAUCGUGUUCCACCAGAGAUAUGACUAAUGACCUUUCUCGUAUGCUGCCAUCGGGAUGGGGUUCAAAGAGACGAUUGCAAUUUUAUACUACCAAAGAUAGGAUUAGCGACCUUCCUGACCCAAUUCUCUGUCACAUUCUCUCUUUUCUCCCAACCAAAUUAACAGUAGUCACUAGCACCCUCUCAAAGAGGUGGAAAACAAUAUUCCGUCAUGUCCCCUCUUACAUCAUGUACAAACCCUUCAUCAAAUCCCAUCAUCUAUGGUCAGCUCUUCAAUGUCGCGACCCCGAAUAUCCAAUACCGUUAUUCCGCCUCUUUUGUAACGAACCCGAAGCUUACAACCCUCUUAUCACGGCAGCAACACAAAGAGGAGUCGAAACCCUAGAGCUUAACAUGUUGUCUUCCACUUUAGAGAAGACCUAUCUUUCAAACAUACUCACUUGCAAGACUCUCACCGUUCUCAAGUUAACAAACGUAAUCAUUAAGGAACGAGACCUUCCUCGAAUUAAUGUUUCUUCUAUCAAAACUCUUCAUUUGGAUACUAUUAAUUUCAUCCAUACUAGUUCUAUGAUCAACUUUUUCUUAUCCUUUCCCAAUCUAGAGGAAUUGGAAACAAAUGAUGUGCAUCAAAUUUUUGGUAGGCGGGUUAUUCCACAAACAAGUGAAAUGAAUAAAAGUUUACUCAACUUAGUCAGAGCUAAUAUCUCUGACAUUGAACUUAUUCCUUUCUUAUGCUUUUCCAGGGCACUCAUUCUCAAUGUAAACGAGGAAAUACAAAAUGAAAAUGAAAUCGACGACAAGAAUUGGGAGGAGCCACAAACUAUUCCGGAAUGUCUUUCGUCUCAGCUCAAAACUUGUUUGAUUAGAUUUUAUAGAGGCACAAGCUCUGAGCUACAAUUUGCAGAAUAUGUUAUGCGAAAUUCAAAGCAUGUAGUUGUAAUUUUGUCAUUAGCAGAAGAAGUUCAAGUUGCCUACCGUAAAAGGAUUAAGCUAUUGAAGAAGGGUGAUUUUGCUGAUGAAAACUCUGCCAUCACUAAGUCAGACAUUUAA